AUGUGCUCCAUUACCCGGGCAGAGUUGAGAGGCGCUGUGGAAGGACUUCAACUGCUUGGGACAUGGGCUAUCGCCGUGUCCGCAUGGAGCUUGAUUCUCGUUGCAUAG